CCGCGCGUGCGCUCGGCUCGCUCGGUGUGGCUGCGGCGGGAGGUUCCUGGAUAAUGUCGGCCCCUUUUGAGGAGCGCAGUGGGGUGGUUCCAUGUGGGACCCCGUGGGGCCAGUGGUACCAGACCCUGGAGGAGGUGUUCAUUGAAGUUCAAGUGCCGCCAGGGACUCGUGCCCAGGAUAUCCAGUGCGGCCUGCAGAGCCGGCAUGUUGCGCUGGCCGUGGGUGGCCGCGAGAUCCUCAAGGGUAAACUCUUUGAUUCUACAAUAGCUGAUGAGGGAACAUGGACUUUGGAGGAUAGAAAAAUGGUUCGUAUUGUUCUUACAAAGACAAAGAGAGAUGCAGCAAAUUGUUGGACUUCUCUUCUAGAAUCUGAAUAUGCAGCUGAUCCUUGGGUGCAAGACCAAAUGCAGAGAAAGCUUACAUUAGAGAGAUUUCAGAAAGAAAAUCCUGGUUUUGACUUCAGUGGAGCAGAAAUCUCAGGAAACUACACUAAAGGUGGACCAGAUUUCUCAAACCUUGAGAAAUAAUUGCUGGGUUUUUUUUGCUGCAUUGUGUGGAUCCUAGCAGAUGUUGCCAGCUUGAUCAAAAGAUCAGAAUAUGUGGUGGAAGAAAUAUUUCGAUGCCUACAGUUAACAAAUUACAAAAUAUAUUUAAAUAUGGUUCUAAAAUUUGCAUUUAAAUAUGAUUUACAUAGGAAAUGUACUGUGGAAACUAUUCUGUGGAUAUGUGGUAACCUUUUUUUGGACUUGUUUUUGCUCAGCAUGAAGUUUUAUAUGCUACAUUUUACUAAUUUCAUAUUUAAGUCUAUUUUUAAUACAAAAAUUAUUAGGGUAUAGAUCAUGUGAAAUGAAAGGAUGCCUUCCGGGAAAAUUAAGUUUUUCUUUUGACAAGUGGGAUCCAGGAGAAAUGUUCAAUAAAGUUUUCUAACUAGGGGUUGUGUACCCCUUUGUCUAAGUAUACCAAUUCACACAAGGGAAUUAUAGUACUGAAAAAAAUAUUUAAGAAAGGAAAAAAAUCUACAAAUGUAUUUUGAGUAAGUGACUUUUAAGAGUUAAUGAAAAUUUCUUAAUUAGCAUAUUAUUCCUCGAGGGAUUGGUUAAGAAAUUGAAAAAUAGUUAAAAAUCUAAAAAUAGGAGUGGAUUAAUACAAGAGAAGCAGCAAAGUGAAUAUAGUUAUUGAGCAAGUCCUUCAUUAGUGGUAGAAAGAAACUUAAGGUCACUUAUUGUAAGUCAUUUUGAUCUUCAGUGAUCCAGACAUAAAGGUAGGAAUUGUCUACUGAAGUUUUAUUUCAUCCUUUUUAUGGUCUUUUUAAUUCUUAAAAUAUUUUAAAUCUUAAAUACAUAGAAAAGUUAUUACAAGUACACAGAAUUUUUUCUUCCUGAACCAUUUGUGAAUAAAAUAAGGACAUGAUGCCCCAUUACCUCUGAAUACUUUAGUGUUCACUUGCUUCAAAGGACAUUCUCUUACAUAACUACAAUGCACCCAUUAGUUUUUUUUGGCGGCUGGCUGGUACAGGGAUCCGAACUCGUGACCUUGGUGUUAUAAGGUUGCACUCUAACCAACUGAGCUAACCAGCCAACCUACGAUGUACCCAUUAAAAGCAAGAAAUUUACAUUGACACAUUACUACCAUCUAAUCCUCAGACAUUGACAUUGAACUGAUUGUCCCAGUAAUGUCCUUUAUAGCAGGAAGAUCCAUUCGGAAUCAUGCCUUGUCUUUAGAUGUCAGAUGUCUUUAGUCCACUUUGGUAUGGAACAAGUUCUCAUUUUUUCCUUAACUUUCACAACACUGGCACUUUUGAAGAUUAGAGGCUAGUUCUAUUGAGUAUCCCUAACUGUGAGUUUUGUCUAAUAUUCAUGAUUAGAUUCACACUAAGCAUCUCUGGAAGGAAUGAUAAGGAUGAUGUGUUCUUACUGCAUCCUAUCAUGGAUUAAUAAUUUCAAUUUGUCCCAUUUCUUAUGGUGUUACUUAGAUCACUGAUUACAGUAAUGUCUGCCAGCCUUCACUGUAAAGUUACUCUUUUUAUGUUAAUUAUUUUGUGAGAAGAUAGUUUCAAGUAUUAUUUUGUUUCUCAUCAAACUUUCUGUAUCUGUAGAGACUCAUGAUUUCUUUUUUUAUUCAGUAGUUUAAAAUUCUUUUAUUCUCAUUACUUUGAUUCUCAAAAUUGCCAUACGUUUGCCUGGCAAAAGCCCAUACUAGGUGGUUUAUGUGUCCUUUUGACAUGUCCUUAUCAUUAUUGGAGCGAUUUCUUACUCUCUGGCACAAAAUAUACCAGGCUCAUUAUGCUUUCCCUGCCCCAGCCCAGGAAUCAGCCAUUUUUCCAAAAACCCAGGUUCUCUUUAAUGGAUAAUGGUAUUUAAAAGCCAAGAUAUGUGUGCUAGAGUGCAAUUACUGUUGGUGUGUAUACACAGUGCAUGUAUAUACAUCUGUAUUUUUAUAUCCAUAUAUAUUGAAAACUAUGUGGUCAAUUCUAACUUUCUAUCCUAAUCCCAUGGGGUUUAUUUUAGUUUCCUCCCUUUCCGUAUUUUUAACUCCCUUCAAUAGCAGUGAGAAACCAGCUUCCUACUGUCCUUAAUGUAUUUGACUCCCUAUUGUAGGUCAUCUCCCCAUAUGAAUGUCUUCCUCACCCUACUUAGGCUCCAUCAUGUGCUGGAGCAGGGAUGUCCUUACUCUGCUUCCACCCCAACGCCUCACUGUAGGCCACUGCAGCCUUCCCACCCUAUAACACCUGUCUUGCUCAUUUUACCCAAUAAUUUUAGGAAUGGAUUGUUGGGGAAGAGGCUUUUUUCUUUUAAUUGGCUUCUCUUUUUGACAUUUUAAAAAAUGUUGUAUUUGGAAUAAAUAUACAGUAAAAUUAACUUUUUCUGGUGUAUAGUUCAGUGACUUAAAACACAUACAAGUGUACUUCAGAAUUCAUGGAAAGGUUUGUAUUUUUUAAUUCUAUUUUUCCGUGAACUUUUUGAUGUACCUGUAUAUGUAUAUAUAACACCUCCAUAGUUAGGAUAUUGAACAGUUCAGUGACCAUAAAAACUUCCUCAUGCUGUCUCUUUGUAGUCACACCCUAUUCCCAGCCCCUAAACCCUGGAAACCACUGAUCUAGUCUCUGUCUGUAUAGUUUUGUUUUUUCAAAAAUGUCAUAUAAAUGCAAUCAUAUGUAAACUUUUUCUAAAACAGUUUUAUUGAGACUUAAUUUGCAUACCGUAUAUUUCACCUAUUUAAAAUGUAUAAUUCAGUAGUUUUUAGUAUGUACCCAUACAUACGCAACCAUUACUGUAGUUAGUUUUGGAACAUCUUUAUCAUCUCAAAUAGAAACCUUUUAUUAUCCCUGGCUCCUGUUAUCUCCCCCUGCCAGCCAAGCAACAACUAAUUUACCUUUUGUCUCAUAGAUCUCUUUGUUUUGGACAUUUGAUGUACAUGGAAUCAUAUAAAAUGUGGUCUUUUGUUACUGGCUUCUUUCACUUAUAAUGUUUUCAAAGUUCAUCCAUGUUCCAGCAUGUGUCAGUAUAUUCAUUUUUAUGUCAGUAAUAUUCCAUUGUAUGUCUGUAUUAAUCACAUUUUAUCCAUUUGUAAAUUAUAGGUGUUCAGGGUAUUUCCACCUUUUGGCUAUGCUGACUAAGGCUGCUAUAAACAUUUUGUGUACAGGUU